AUGGCCGCUAAGGGGGCGGUGGUGGCGGCGGCGGGGCCGGUGCGCGGCGGGGCGGGGCGGGGCGCGGCGCGCCAAGUGGCAGCGUCUUUCGACCAAUCGGGAGCCACCCUCGAGGCGGCCGCCCCGCACCGACACCCGCCGGCUGCGCGCUGCUGCUGCCGCCGCACGACGCACGACGCCGCCGCGCCCGACGCCGCCUCCCGCCCGAGAACGACGGGGCCCCGCAGGUACCGGGGGGCGGCGGCGGAUGACAGCGAGAAAACUUUCCCCGGCGGUUUUAUAGGGGGUGGGGAGACGGGAGGGGAGCCCCCCCCGGCCGCCCCCCGCGGUCCCGGUGCUGUCCCGUCCUGCGGUGCCGCCCCCGCACGGAUCCGCUGCUGCCCGCUGGCGGCAGAACGGCGGACACGCCCCCCCGGAGCCUGUGGCGGGAGCGGCUGGGGGGGGUCCGGGGACACCGAGAACCGCCCUGUGGGGCCGACCGGGGUCCGAGGCGGAAACCGGCUGCUGCACGAUGGGAUCCCGGCCGGAGAUACCGACCCGUUCCCAAAUGGAUCCCGGCCGGUUCCAAAAUGGGUCCCAGCUGGAUCCCAGCCCUUAGGGGUGUCCCAGGCGCUGCCCGGGCACAGUGCGGGGCUGCCGGGGGCGCGGGGCUGGCUGCGGUGCCUGGGGGACCCGCUGGGGCUGCAGCCCCCCGAGCAGGAGGCGAUGCUGAGGGUCCUGGACGUGGGGCUGGAGCGGUGCCUGGCGCUGCACGCAACCUGCAUCCCCCUACCAGGACACAGGAGGCUCCCUGGCAAGGCAGGCAUCGAUGAAGUGAUGGCAGCCGCUGUGCUCACCAGCCUCUCCAGCAGCCCUCUGGGGCUCGGCCACCCCCCAGCACCCCCCGGCCCAGCAGAGCUUGGCAGUGGGAUCUGGAAGGAGACACCAGCCAUGUCCUUCAGCUGCAGCAGCAGCAGCAACACCAGCGGGGAAUGGAGCUGGGACCCCCCCAGCGACCACUCAACCCCCUCCACCCCUUCACCCCCACUCUCCAGCCAUGACCCCAGUGCCUUCUUGCCCACAUUGGCGCCAGACAAUGGCCCCGAGGAACCUGACAGCACCCACUUCAUGUUUGGAGAGCCCACCCCACGGAAGAGGAAGAACUCCACCAAAGUGAUGUUCAAGUGCUUGUGGAAGAGCUGCGGCAAAGUCCUCAGCAGCUCCUCAGGGAUGCAGAAGCACAUCCGAACCGCACACCUGGGCCGCCAAGCCGACCUGGAGCAGAGCGACGGUGAGGAGGAUUUCUACUACACGGAGCUGGACGUGGACGUGGACUCGCUGACGGAUGGACUCUCCAGCCUGACGCCCGUCUCUCCCACCUCCUCCGUGCCGCCCGCGUUCCCCGGCCCCGAGCUGCCGCCAUUCCCCAGCCCUGAGCCCCCUCUGGGCUCCCCCCGCAGCCCCCCGCCACCCCCCGGCCUCUGCCACGUCCACACGGACCACGCGUACCAGGGCUGCCCCUCAGGACCCACAGGUGGGGAGAAACGUCCUUCAGGUCCCCCCGUGCCCGUGCCGAGGACGCCGGCUCUGCCCACCCCGGCGCUGCCGAAGCCCCCCGCUGUCCCCAGGAAGCCCCGGGGGGAGGCCAAGAAGUGCCGCAAGGUGUACGGCAUGGAGAACAGGGAGCUGUGGUGCACGGCGUGCCGCUGGAAGAAAGCCUGCCAGCGCUUCCUCGACUGAGCCCUGCCGCCGCCGUGCCCCCCCAGCUCUCCUUCUUGCACAUUUUGCACUUGAGGUGCCUUCGCGCCCCCCCACCCCGCACACACACACACACACACACACACACACACACGCUCCCCCCCAGGGCUGGACUCAGGGAACAGCCCCCACGCUGUUGGGGGGAGGACUGUGGGGUGGUGGUGGGGGCAUGCACAGCUGGGCCUGGCCCUGCCUUCCCUUCCCCCCUAAAGCUUAAUGCACACAGCCCCCCCGCGCCAACACAGAGCUUCCCCCCCUUUCUUUAUCCUCUGAAAAUAAGCUAACCCCCUCCGUGCCCCCCAUCCCUUUGCCUGCAGCCCAUGUCCCUGCUGGGGGGGGGCACGUGCUGCUGGGAGAAGCUGUGCCUUGGGGCUUUGGGGGGUGGGGGGGGCGGGUCCUGUUCCCUACCCUCGCCUUAACUGGGGGCUGACAGACACACGGGGUGCCCCCCCUGCGCCCCGUGGGGGUUUUUACUCUUCGUGGCGUGUUUUCCUCUCUCUGUUUUGUACCUGGGGAGCAGCUGCUCCCGCCGGGGGCCGUACUCCGGGAAGUGCCUGCAGAACGCGCCCGUUUGCACUAAGCCAAACUGCACAAAGACCUUU